CUCCUGUUUUUUGAGAUGGUGUCCUAUCACGAGAAUUCUAAAUUAUAUCUGUACUCGACUAGGUUUAAAGCGAGGUCAGGAAAGAAGAAAACAACUCCUGGUAAGGAUGAAUGGAGUGUUGUCGGAUACUCUGCUGCAAACUCAUUCGACAUGUUUGGGUUGCAAGAAGGUUUACAGCGUCAAUUAAUAUACUCCGAGAUAAGCCUAAUUGAUGAACUUUAUGGGAACUGUCUCUACGUCACAAAUAAAUACAAAUCAGACUUAGAGGAACAAAACAAGGAAAUAUUUUUCUUCAAAGACGGAAAUGUUGUUUUCUGGAAUGUUCCUGAACUGGAGAGAAACAAUGUACUAAAGUUUCUGAUGAACUACUCCGUGGAAGGGUACGAGGAGGAUCUCAUCUACGAGGAGUCCGAGAUGAUGAACUAUACUCCGACUCUGAAUGAGAAUGCGUACCUGGAGAAGGGGAUAAUCUACGUGAACCCCGAUUCUCCGUCCUACGUUCUCGCAAAAUAUACUUUCUCGGACGCAAUUGCAGCCAGUGUUAAACUGGGAGCUUGGGAAGCAUCUUUAGAAACUAUAAUCGACUCUAUCGAGCAUAUAUCCGAGGACCUCAAGAAGAACGCCAACGUGAAAAUGACGCGCCAUGAGGUCUUGCAGAAAACCGGGGAAAUUUUAGCCUUACGUCACGUGAUCAACCUUUCCAGUGACUUGCUGGACACUCCUGACUUCUACUGGGACCGGGAGGGGUUGGAAAAUCUUUACAUGGCCACCUGCUCCCAUCUAGCGGUGGCUAAACGUACUAAAAUAGUGAAUGAGAAGUUAAGUCAUUGCCUCGAGCUAAUGGAGCUUAUCUCCACCCACCUGAGUAAUGAGCACGGGUCCAGGCUGGAGUGGAUUAUUAUCGUCCUCAUUGCCAUUGAGAUUGGGUUCGAAGUGCUUCAUCUAGUAGAGCGGAAAUACGGAGGAUUUUCUUUUUUUGGAUCUCAGUCCGAUCAUUAAAAAUAUAUAUUUAUCAAUUUCA